AUGUCUUCAGCGCUGACCUUUCGGUCUACGAAAUAUUUGUCUUCAGGUUUUGGCAGGACGGAGGACUUAGCUGGACUGACGAAGCCGUCCCUCGCGGAGGCGCUCAAAGUCGGCUACAGACAUGUGGACACCGCUCAGAUGUAUAAAAACGAGAGGAUCGUGGGCGAGUGCAUUCGGGAGAGUGGUAUUCCUAGGGAGGAGAUAUUCCUUACUUCAAAGGUCCCUAAUUGGGAUGCUGGAUAUGACAAGGCUUCUCAGGCCGUCGAUCUGUCUUUAAACACGCUUGGAUUUGACUACCUCGACCUAUAUCUCAUACACAGCCCGCCCAACGGUACACAGCUCCGUGUCGAUACCUACAAAGCGCUCAUCAACGCGAAAAAAGCAGGCAAAGUGCGCGACAUAGGUGUCUCGAACUACAAUAUACAUCACCUCGAAGAGAUCAAGAGUGCGGGGCUCGAACCGCCUGCAGUGAAUCAGGUCGAGCUGCACCCGUUCUGCCAACAGAAGUCUAUCGUCGACUACUGCAACGCGCAUGAUAUUAUUGUCGAAGCGUACUGCUCCAUAGUGCGAGGAGCGAUGGACCACCCGGUGGUUGCGAGCAUCGCGAAGAAACAUAACAAGGACCUGGCGCAGAUUCUGCUGAGAUGGUCACUGCAGCGCGGAUUUGUACCCCUCAUGCGUUCCUCGAACAUGGUGCGCAUCAGGUCCAACGCCGAUCUGUACGACUUCGAUCUGGACGCCGACGACAUGAGGCAGCUGGACGGUCUGGACAAAGGCAGCGCCGGAGCUGUCAGCUGGAAUCCAGUUGAUGUUGCGUAAACGGAAAUGUUUGCGCCCUAGUGCGGCAUAAUGAAAUUGGCUUAUAAGGUUC